AUGCAUUCCGGAGGCGCUAAAUACGACCAAACUUACUAUAGCAACCGACGAUAUCAAGUUCAAUCCUAUCGGCGCAUAUUAACAAUUGAUCCAGUACAAGAGUUACCGGUUGAAAUUGGUGCAAAAAUUCUUCGACAACUUUCAUUUAAACAACGAACAAGCGUUACUCAGUGCAAUCAGUCCAUCGAACAAUUCCGCUUUAUAAUGCCGGUUGCGGCAUGUAAUAACGCAUAA